AUGUUUCCUGGAAACGGUGACCUCAUCACCAAGGCGAUCGAGAGCUCCCCUGAGAAGCGGCUCACCCUGUCUCAGAUCUACGAGUGGAUGGUGAAGAGCGUCCCUUACUUCAAAGAUAAGGGCGACAGCAACAGCUCUGCCGGCUGGAAGAACUCAAUCAGACACAAUCUGUCCUUGCACAGUCGUUUCAUGCGCGUCCAGAAUGAAGGAACGGGGAAGAGCUCGUGGUGGAUGCUGAACCCUGAGGGGGGAAAGAGCGGCAAGUCUCCACGCCGGAGAGCCACUUCCAUGGACAACAACAGCAAGUUCAUAAAGAGCCGUGGACGAGCAGCCAAGAAAAAGAUGUCGUUGCAGAGUGGACUGGACGGUGGUUCUAACAGUCCUGGUUCUCAGUACCCAAAAUGGCUCGGCAGCCCCAACUCUCACAGCAAUGAUGACUUUGAACCCUGGACCACAUUUCGUACCCGUGCCAGCUCUGAUGCCAGUACGCUCAGCGGCCGUCGCUCACCCUUCCUACCUGAGGAGGACGAGGCCGGUGAGGUUCCCAUCGGGUACCCAGGCACCAAACUGGGCGGCCCCCUCCCCAGCCUUUCCGAAGUGACGGGUCACCACGGUUCCGAGAACGUGAUGAAUGACAAUCUCUUAGACAACCUCAACCUCAUCUCACCCAAAAAUAACACCCAGGGCAGCCAAGAUGCCCAAACUGCACUGUCUUCGCCCAUGAUGCAGGGUAGCCCUGGGUACCCGUCUUACAACUCCCCCAUUAUGGGUCCUCAGCCCCAAGUCCAGCAGGACUACCGGAAGUGCCUGUAUGUACAGGCCGGGGUGGGCGGACUGGGUCCCAUUGCCAUACCGACUUUAUCGGACAGUCAACCAGGAGGCUACGGACCCUUUGUGAGUCAGUACAACUGUGCUGCAGGGCUGCUCAAAGAGCUGCUGAGCGCAGAUGCACAUCCAAGAGGGGACAUGAUGCAGCCUUUAGAGUCAGUGGGGUCUGGAGAAGGGCGACGGGUGCUACCUAGCUAUGCUAGUCAAGGACAAAUGGGACAGGGGGGCAAAAUGAUCACGCAUCCUCACCUGCAUGCGCACCCGCGCACGCUUCAUCAGUUGCCCUCGCCAGCAAUGGGCAUGAAUGGCUGUGCCCUUUUGCCCCAUGGGCAUCCUGUUCGCCUCGGUAACAUGAAGCUACAACCACACCUGCCUCAUCACGCUCAACUGGGAAGAGGCGGAGGCGAAGCCGGGAUGCCAAAUUACACCAAUGGCAACGUUUUCCACAGGCACAGACCGGGACCUCACCACCAUCACAGCCACCCGGAGCGGCUGCCCAGUGACUUAGAUGACAUGUCGAUUGAGCAGCUGGAGUGUGACGUAGAAACCGUCCUUCACGACACGCUCAUGGAUGGCGAUGCUCUGGACUUCAACUUCGACCCCAUGAGCAGUCAACAGAGUUUCCCACACGGGGUGAAGACCAACACGCAUAGCUGGGUAUCUGGAUAAACACGUUAUCUACUCAAAACACAUACAGAUUGGUGAGGCAGGAUGUUUAUAAUAAUAUAAUAUAAAUGAAUCAUAACAAAUGUGUGAAUAUAUAUGUAAAUAUGUCAUAGACAUAAGCAGAAGGCUGAAUGCUGUAGGUCAUACCAAAAGGCUACACAUACAAGAACCUUACAUUUCCUUCCCAUCUGCAAGGACUCAAUUAUUGAAAGCGUAAAAUAAAACAAAAGUAAAAUAAAUAAAUAGAAUUUUGCCAUCAUUGAAGCCCAUCUCCGCAUGAUUGCGACUUUAUUUCCCGUUAUUGUGUCUCUGUCUUGCCAUUCUGUCUUUAUUUCUCACAGUUGCGCCUUUUUUAUAGAUAAGAAUACAUAUCUCGCAAUUCCAAUUUUAUUUCUCCCAAUUCUGAAUUCAUUUCUCACAA